CUCAACCAUUUGAACCAUUUGAACGCAUGAUUGAAGCUCCAUCUGUUGACGUAAUCAAAAGAAAUGCGGAUAAAUUGAGAAACCACAAUUACCAAGACCAACACAGGUCACCUAGAUUCUUGUCCUUUGAAAACUGGAAUCGAGACUAGCUUUGGGGAGCGCCGCCCUUAGUCUCUUACGCAACAUUUUCGCUGGGGAUGGCGGAUGAUGGGAGGAGUUUGGAAGAAGAGAAUCGACAGUUGAAAUCUGCACUAAAAUUGUCUAUGCAGGAAAAGUAUGAAGCAGCCGAAUAUGGCCUUACCCUUUUGGAAACAAAUCAACAACUCAAAAAUCAGCUUGAUGAAUUGGGCGGAAAGUAUGAAGAGUUAGAUCGAGAACUAAAAAUUACUCGCAAGAGUUUGGAGGAACAAAAUCUCAUUCAACGUAGACUAAGUAUCGCUGGUUUCCAGGAGGAAGAUGACUUGGUAUCCGAGUCGGCAAACAGAGAACGUGUCUUAAGGAAUCAAGUGCAUGAUUUGGAGGUAGAAUUAAAGGAGCUCAGGCUGAAGUAUGAGCGGCAAAUGGCGGAAAAUGACACGUUGCACAAAAGGAAUAUUGAACAGCAGUCUGCUCAUGAAGACCUAGAGAAACAGUUUAGGAACCUUAAAUCUGAUAUUAGAGAUGCUAAAGCAAAAGAAGUCCAAAUCUUAAACGAAUAUGACGACUUAGAGGCGGAAAAUUUGGAGUUACAGAAGACCAUACUUUCCUUAAAAACUAGUCAGGUGGAAUUUGAAAGCGUACGGCAUGAAUUAAAGCGACUGCAGGAGGAAAAUGAUGUUAUACAUGUCCAGCUAGAAGAAAUCACUCGUUUAAAGCGAAUGACCGAAAAGUCCCUGGAAGAUGCUUUAGAAUCACUUCAGAUUGAACGUGACCAGCGGCAUAAUUUACGCAAGGAACUUGACAGCAGAAUUAUAUCAGAUUCAAUAAGCCACCUCAGCGACUUGCGAAACCUAAACAAUUUGGGAAAUGUUAGCAAACUCAGUCAACUUCAGGAGAGUAUUACUGAAUGUCAAAAACUAGAUGUCAAUGUGUCUACUAAUGAACCUCCUGGAAGUGAUAUGAAGAAUCAAGAAGAAAAUAAGUCUGGUUCUAAGCAUCCUUCGCCAGACGAUCUGCUGACUGAAUUAAGAACUACGGAAAUCGCCAAGUAUGAGGCAGAAUUAGCUCAUAUAGAAGCUGAGAAAAAUGAACUUACUAGAACACUCGAAAUUACACAGCGUUCUCUUGAGUUGGCUACAAGUGAAGUUUCAAAUAAACAGGAGCGUAUCAAUGGAUUACUGGCUCAGUUAGAUGCAAUUAUGUCCGUCAAAUCAGAAGCAGAUUCUGAAUUCGAAGUCAAAGAAUUGGAAUUAGAAGCACAACCAGCUGCAAACUGUAAAAAUGCGAUGGUGGAAUCCUGUAUUUCAAUGACUUCUCAUACAGAUGAAAAUGAAGAUCUAACUGCCAACACACAAAAUGACCUAAAAAGAUUACGUAGAGCUCUGCGGUUAAAUGAAAAUCGUUAUUCCGUAGCUUUACGUCAAAUUGCCAGCAUGCAACAUGAUCUUUGGAGAUAUCAUGAGCGUGAAAAAAUUGAUUCCCGACCUGAACUAGCUUCAGAAGAAUCCUUAAAACAAGAACUGGUUCGCUUACAAGGUAUUUUAGAACAACGUAAUGAAGAAAUAAAAACGCUACAGCAGAAACUAUCUGAUAAUGAACAAACUGUUUGUAAAAAUUAUAGUAAGAUCCGUUCAGUCACGGAAACUUAUAAGGAAUGUCUUAUUGUUCUUAUCGGGAUUUAUAGCUUUGUGUGCUCAGUUAUUAAAGUAUCACCACAUAAACAAGUGGCUUAUGUAGCUGAUCGUUUUAAUAUCCCUCUUUGUGGUGAGAAAGAUUCGUCGGAAAAUUCAGUCGCAUCUGAUGUGGUUGGCACAGACAAGUCUAUUGAUGAACAGCUGGGACAAGAUUGCGGAAUAAAACCAACAGAAUCUUCCACAUCUAAUACAAAAACAACAACCAGUGCUACUACCGAAUCUAAUUUCGAAGUGUUAUCCGAAGAAGCUGAUUUACACCUUACCGUUGUCACGCAGCUGCGUCAUCUAGUUAACACAUUCAAUGAAAAAUAUUCUCAGAUUUCAAAUCAGGUUCCUGGACGUAGCAGUUUAGACGUUGAAGAAACCCAACAACAAAACUUGCGUUUAAAAAGUCUAUUGGAGACAAAACGUGAACAAGUACACGCAUUGCGUAAUAUGCUACGAGCUAAUAAAACUACGGCUGAAACCGCUCUAGCAAAUUUAAAACAAAAAUACGAAAAAGAGAAAAUCAAUGUCAGUUCAACAAUGCAACAGUUACGUAAUGAAUUGAAAACACUUAAAGAAGAUGCUGCAAUCUAUGCUUCUUUACGCGCAGUAUUCGCCCAACGUUAUGAUGAAUACAUGACACAAUUAGAUGAAAUGCAGAGGAAACUAAGUGUAAGUGAUAAAAAUAAUACUUUUACAGUUAUCUUCAGCAUAUGCAUGUCUUGGGGGUUUCAUGCAUACACUUUAACAACUGCGUAGUUUUGUUUCUUACCACUUUUCACUAUUUAUUAGUCGGAAAAUGUGACUAGAUAUUUAAAGCAUAUGAAUGCUUACAUAGAAUCACAAUUGUUCAAUUUUACUAUUUAUAUUUAUUACUCAACACUAUAGGUCAAUUGAAAAAUGAGUCGGUGAAAUUUAAUGAAAGGAAAAUAUUUAAAAAAUGUUAGAUGAUAAUGAAUAUUAGGAAAUGAAAAUGACUUCUGAUUUCCUGUUUCUGUAAAACUGUAAAAUCACCUCACCGUGGUAUUAAAGGAGAAUCUAUGGGACGAGUCUGUUGGUCCUUCGCGACUCUUUCAGUUAGUCACAACGUAAAACAUGGUACGUAUUUACAUCGGUUAAAGUUGUCAUGCCCCAAUUAGCACAGAGAGAUUAAAUUGUUAGAUCAAAUCGCAGAAUAUUAAAAGUGGUAACAGCAUCAGUGAUAAUAGGAAAAAUUAGGCAUCAAAGAUACGAUUCGAAAAAAAAAUAAAUUGGUGGGAUGCAAACAAAUGUAGUUGUAAGGAAUUUAGGAUUUCUGAAAUAGGAGGUAGAUAAAUAAUGGAUGUACCUAAUCCAUUGCAAACUAUUUCGAGCCAUGUCACUCCGCGUCUCCAAUCAUUGGUUAUGAUAAUGACGCGGACCUUAAGUAGGUAGUCUGCACCUAUUAACAUGGCUCAGUCUAAUGGUCAUUGACUUCAUGGACUGAUGCUCUGUUCUGGUUUGGCCACCCCAGGCUUUUUUUCAGCCUACUCCCACACCAGAAAACACAGCCCUUCGAGUUGGGCGGUGGUUAGGCAUAUAUAACACAUGUUUCAAUCAUCUCCGCUGAUGAGGAUUUACUACCUCAUCAGUCGAUUUCCCGUCUUUACCCGGUGCUCUAUUCCUAACCCAGAGAUUGGUUACUUUAUGAACUCUUUGGGUGGGAUUCGAGAUUUAGUAUAACUCAUUGGCUUGAGAUGUUAUCAGACGUGUCUCAUAAUGGAAGCCGAUGACGAUCCUGCUGUAAUUUUCUUGCAAAUUCUUCGUAAAAGUAAUGGGAACAUACUCAACUUAAAACAUUCUUUUUGGUUGUAAUUUUGUUGCCUGAAUUGUUCUUCCCACUGUAUUCUACUCUUAUCCACUUAUUUUUAUUCAUGUAUUGGUUUUCGAUUAUUCUCACCCUCCCUACUUCAUGUCUCCACUAGACCAUUUUCUUAUUCCUGUAGCACAUAUUUAUUGUGGAGCACAUUUGUGUUAAUAUCUGUGUUCAAAUAAACAAUAAAUGAUCUUAUAGUUAAAUGUGGUUGGCAAGUGUAGAAAUAAAAUAUCCUCCCAUUAAAGUAUUGUUUUAUUGUAAGUAGCAGUGAAAUUCAGGAUACACCACUUGUCAAGUAGGCGUUUACUUUCGUCUCAGUAAAUGUUGUUAUUAUUACUAAAAUUAGUUCCAUGUAUGUGUAUACAACAUUUGAACGAAGACUAAAGAAAUGAUAACUCUCAGAACUAAUUUAUGGAUUAUUGUUUUAUAUAUUCUUAUUGCAUAACUAUUAAGUAACUAGACUACUGUAUAUAUACACAUAUUUCUUUAUUCAUAAGCUUUCGGUUGACUCAUUAACUACUAUCAUACGGUUUAGUAUACCUACAUUUUUCCCAGUCUAUUGUUUACAGUCUCUCCUAUUCGCAGCCGCUUUUUAGCUUAAUUAUGUAUAAUUAUUAUUUUAUAUCUAUGGUGUGAUACCGUCUAGUCUGCCUUUAUAUAAUGGACGUCUGUUUGGAGUAUAAGAUAGUUCAGCCUGACUGCUGACUUCUGGACUCAAGGGACGAGCGGUGAGAUAAGCUAGAGAAUCGUGAAGCAAUAGAAAAUUAGCUUUUAACUCAAGGUUAGUGGUGCUGGUCGGACGCGUAAUUGGCCAACUCAGACACUCUAAGCCAUAAAGUAAAUAGUGGACGUGAGUAGACCAAAUUAGAAUCGGGGUUGUCAUUGGUGGUUGAUCACGUGAUUUUGGUCGGGAGGCUACAAAAUAUUAUUUAUAAAUAUGUAUCUCAUAUAUGAUAAGGCAGUCGCAAGAAUAGUCAGAUUUUAUUAGAAGAGCUAAGAUCUCUUCGGGAAGGAAAACCACUCUCAUACUUUUUACCAAUUCGAUUUUCCGCAUAACAUUUGUGCUCUGAUUGAUUGUCAUGUUUUUUUUAGUUCGCUAAAUUACUACAUGUCGAAGGUCAUAUUCUGCCACUGUAGUAUCAAAUUUUAUACCGUUUUCGUUUGAGUUGCUUGUUCUACUAGAAAUAUCAAGUUACCUGCAAUUCCGUCUUCCUGUCUUAGCGAUCGAGGUUUGAUGUGUUGAGCAUAAUUGACUGUUUUCAGUUCAGAGGAGAACUGAUCGUAUUAGAGAAGCUCAGUCGUUUUCAUUCGCGAGUCCGUAACACUGUAGGCCGUACAGAACCCCAAUAACAAGACACAACAAUAUAAAAGCAUUCAAUAUGAAGAUAUGUUUGUCCCAUCGCUUUUGGCUUAUUUUAGCGAGACUUGUGUUAUGGGUUAGAAUUUCAUUAUUCGAUGAAUAGGAAAGUACAAUGUAACCAAAUCAUUCAUACUCUUGACACUGGUUUAUUAAUGUGAACCCGUGAAUGAACUCCCAACCGUAGCUGUUACCUUGACUUGGUGGUCGGGCUUGCCUAUCGUG